AGAUGCGUUCCUGGUUUCCUGCGUUUCAAAAUCAAAAUAAACUAAUUGAAAGAAUAGGAAGCAUUCUGUGAAUAAAGUGAAAACUGAAGUCUAACUCUACCAAUUUAAUUUUCAAAGGAGUAUUUAUUACUAUGUCACGUAUUUUCUCUUUCUAAUGACAUAAUAUUGUCAUACAAUAAGGUAUAAUUGUUUCGUUAUAUACAAUAGUUAAUUAACAUUUUAAAAGAUGUCGCAAACUUUUUUAUUGGAGCCAGAUUUGAUUGCCGCUACCGAAAAUGUUAUGCCCGAUCUUAACAACGAUUUGGUCUUGGCUAAGAACUUUUUGAAACAACAAAGUGCUGCUACGGGUGAUACAUUGUAUGAUCACCUGGUAGAUGUAAUUCACAAGAUAAUAAGUCAGAAACCGCCAGACGUUGUGGAUAACUUGGAGCAAUAUUCAUGGCAAGUGAAGCAAGAGAAAUUUCGGCCCAACUUCGACCUCCUGAAUGAUGUGUACCUGUCGCCGCCGCAACUCUCUGCCGUUAGGAGUGUCGAUGAAAUGAUAAGACUGAUAGAGAGCAAGUAUGGUAAGAUAGAGAAUCUCGGGGAAGAAGAACAGGAGUUGGAUUUAGAAGAGGACUCAAUGAAGCCCAGAAUAGUUGACCUCAUUGACCAUAACUACUACUUUAAAGAGGCUGGCUACGGUCUGCCCGACAGCGAGUGUUAUGCUGUAUUCUUAUCACUAAACAUGCUGGGGAUCAAGGAGCCCGUUGCAACCGUAAGAUUUUUCGGUAAGAUCUUUGGCACACAAGCGAAUUACUACGUGGCAGAAACAGACCUCACUAUAGAAGAAUUGGAUAGACGGAUUAGGGAGUUUGAUAUGAAGGACAUGCCCGGUGAGGGGGAAGGCGAAGAAGUGCGCGCCCCAGAGGCUGAAGAGCAAGAAGUUGUUGCAGAAGGUGAAGGUAAGGAGGAAAAGCCAAAAGAGCCUCAGCCACCGAAGCUGCCUCCAGUACCAGAGUCGACGUGGCAACCUCCACCGCCGAUACCAGUCGAACGACCCGGGCAAGGGGCUAAUAGGAAGGUUUUCUGGGUGUGCAACCGGCCCGGCGACCCUUGGAUCUGCUUGCCCGAUGUCACGCCCGACCAGAUCCGCGUCGCCAGGCUCACUGUGAGGUGCAUGACGGGAGACCUGGAUGCUGAGGUCCUCACUUUCCCCCCCUUCGACGGUACGGAGAAGAACUAUUUACGUGCGCAGAUUGCUCGCAUACAAGCAGCUACUUCAAUAUCUCCUCAGGGCUUCUUUACCUUCGGCUCUGGAGAGGAAGAAGAGGAUAUUGACAUGGAAGAAGGAGCUGGCGACAUGGCCUUCAACCCCAACCCGUUCUACCAGGGCCACCUGCUGAAGGACCUGGUGGACAGCAACUUCACGUACUGGGUGCACCACGGCAGGUACAUCCUCAAGCAGGGCCGGACCAUCUGGUGGAACCCUAAUGCGGGGAUGGAAGAGGGCGUGGAAGAGGAAGAAGACGAAGGCCCCCCACCAAUAGAGCCGGAGUCGGGACCCUCGCUGUUCACUCCCCUAUCGGAGGACGGACGAGUGGAGGGCAUGACUGCCUGGACAGCACGAGUCAGCACCAGUCUGCUGCCUGACAGAGCCUUGGCGAUACUGAGGAGUAAUAUAUGGCCGGGAGCUGUGGCGUACGCUAAUACUGGCAAGAAAUCUGAGUGUAUGUACAUGGGUUGGGGGCUGAAGUUCCAGCCGCCCAACUUCUCGCCUCUGCAGCUGCCGCGGCCACAGGACGAGUACAUCGUGGGCCCGGAGGUCAUGGAGAUGGCUGACCCCACCUUCGCUGAUGAGGAGGCGUACCGUAUCGCCCACUUACCUCCCCCUCCCCCGCCAGCGAUGAUGGGCGAAGGAGAAGGUUUUGGAGAAGAACAAGAGGAAGAAGAUUAAUAUUAAUCUGUCAUUGUUGCUUGUUAUUGUCAAUUGUUAUAUUAA